UGUAUAAGUCGAACAAUUUUCGAGUCAUGUCACCCCCUCCUGACCUAAUAACUUAUCUCUUUCCCUAGGAAUGUUUUGAUAGUUGCGAUUUGGCGAGACAAAAGAACAGUUCCUUCCUUCGAACGCUCUCGCACGCUGGUAGUGAUGGAGUAUAUCAAAUACCUCAAAGCAAAGGCUGUCGUGGCGACUUCAACCAAAGCCGACAAGCCAGUUUUGUCAGAAGAAGAUGAACAAUUCCUUAAUCGCAUCACGUCACAGGAUAAUCCACCUCCAUUGGAAAUUCGAGAUGCGCAGAUCGCACUGAUGGACGGAGCGCAGAACAUCCCCCUCCCAGAAACUCCUGAUGAAACUGUCACCGAGCCAGUCUUCCCCCCAGAGCCAUCCAGUCCAAAGGAGAAAACAAGCUCGAUUAAGAAAUCGUGGAGCUGGCUGCGGCGAGACAGUCGUGAAGCCCGAACAGAAAAACGAGCGGCCACCGCGGCGGGGCUGGAUGACAUUGCUGCGAGGUUGAGAAAGGCGGAACUCGAAGACACCGAUGAAGAGAAGGAAGCCAAAAGGGAAGAGGAGGAUAUGACAGUCGUUCUUGAACGGCUGAACCUGGCUGCAGUCAACAAUCGAGUUUUCUCCAUUAGCGACGAGACGCAGGAAUUAAUUCAGAAGUUCAACGUUGUUUUCAAGGAUCUCAUCAAUGGGGUGCCGACAGCCUACGAUGAUCUCGAGUCGCUCUUAACCAAUGGCGAUAGACAACUUCAAAACACAUUCAACUCUCUACCCGCUUUCCUUCAGAAGCUGAUUGAAAAGCUGCCCGAGACCAUGACCAAAGGAUUUGCUCCGGAGAUGAUGGCUGCAGCGUCAGAACGGGCACAAAAGAGUGGUGUUAACAUGGAAAAUGCUGGAAAAGCGGCCGCCGUAGCCUCUAAGAUGGGCUUCAAAACGCCAUCGCUGAAGGAAUUGGUUGGCAAACCUGCUGCCAUCACGGGGAUGCUUCGAUCCAUCAUUGGCUAUUUGAGAGCUCGAUUUCCUGCGUUCAUGGGAAUGAAUGUACUGUGGUCACUAGCUCUAUUUGUCUUACUUUUUGUGUUCUGGUACUGCCACAAAUGUGGCAAGGAGGUCAGACUAGAUAAGGAACGGCAACUGACCGAAGACGAGGUGGCAAGACUCGAUGAGGCAUACAAAAAGGAGCAUCCGGGCGAGACAUUUACCACCACAGCAGAAGAGGGUGCGUCAAUCGAAGAAGUCCGGGCUGGCAUCAACGAGGUGGAAGCGGUAAAGACUGCAGCACAACAAGCGGUGUUAUCGACCGAUCAGCCAACAAACACGACGAUCGUGCCUCCACCCACGGUUCCGAAAUAAAAAUUAACGAAGAGUUUCAAGGCCCAUUAUGAAGUCAUGAGAGAUGCCGACGACCUAAGGGUCCUAUGCCUGAAAUUACUACACGACGUACUUGCCUACCGACCUAAUGAUUGCUGAUCAAGCGGUGACAGCAUGCUAAAGAAUUCUCCUUGUUGUCCUUUGUACCUACCGGUCUUUUUUUGCCUUUGUGGCAACUCAUUGCAGAAAAGGUGGUUAGUUCUGGCUUAUUAGUCGGUUUCAGAAUCAAUGAUUAUCAGUGGGAAAGCGAAUAGAUGAUUACAGCAAAUUCGGACCAGGCAACUUCGUUGCAGUGACGUGACACCAGAGGGGCAGGUCCACUCCUGCUAAUGUGUCGUACGAUGCCAGCCUAUCGUGCGCGUCAUGCCUAGAGUAGCCUUCAGACAUUCGACUCGUG